UAGGAUCGGUACAAACUUUAAAGCUCCUAGUACGCUUCUAGUAAUGGCAAAGUAGCUUCGAGUGUCACUUAGAAGUAGCCUUUACUGUUCACUUCGAGGCAAAAGCAACGUGGGAUCGUCUGGGACGAACAACAAUCGGGGAAGCACCCGGAACAGAAGAACCUCAAGGAACAGGACAGAGACACCCAUGCACAAGCAAGUGUGAAGAACGAGGCUUCAUCUCCAAAAAACAGUUACUUUUCGACAAGCCUCGUGCUUCUUUCUUAACAAGAAACAAUGUCUGCAGGGUAUUUCAUCAGGAAUGCCUCUCUGGCAUGUCUUCUGUCUUGACUGGGAACCCUUGCAGAUACGGCUGACCCUCUGAGAAACAAUUCACAACUCCAAGAAAUGCAGCUCCCACCAGCGUUGAGCGGUCAGCUCGUGAGUGUGAAGUCGGAACCACCUGAUGUUGCAUGCCUGCCAGAAGAGAGCCAGAUGCAGCAACAGCAUCACAACGAGUCUCCAUCAGCAGCUGAUGCUUGUGGAGUUACGGUUGGGAUGUGUCGCAUUAAAGGAGAACCUCGAGAGGAAUCUUCCAAUGAACAUCCAAUCAUGGAAGUCAAGACAGAGCCUUAUAACGUUGCCGUCUUGAAGGAAGAGGACCAGAUAGGACACAACUCCAAUUCAACAUCUGAAGGCGCAGGAGAAAGUACUGACACGCUCCAUAUUAAGGACAAGCCCAGAGGCACUUGUGAACAAGAAUACUCAGGUUGCAGUUCUUCAUAUGCACAGUUCAAGAUCAGCACAACAAUAGUAGAACUGCAGCCCGACAGCACUGCACUAUUCACUAUGAAUGACCAACUAACUGAGCGACAUCGAGACCAGAGCAAGCCGUGUGCACUUGCAUCCACGUCGAAAACCAGCCUCGAAUGCCACAUGUUUUCACACUGUCACAAUGAGUCUGAAAAGUGUUCCACUACUCCUCCAACGAAUAUUCAGAUGGGAGAGAAGGGUUCUGGGUGUAACAUCUAUCCCGCUGCAUUCUCGUGGUAUGGAAGUGACAAGAACCAUGUGGUGAAGCAUACUGACAAGAGGCCACACAAGAGUGAUGUCUGUCCUGCAGAGUUCAGCCUGAGCGGGAACAUACAGCAGCACAAGCGGACAGAUUCAUGCAAGAAGCCACACAAGUGUGAUGAGUGCCCUGCAGAGUUCAGCCGGAGUGCUCAUCUGCAGCAGCACAAGAGGAUACACACAGGCGAUAAGCCAUACAAGUGCGAUGUCUGCCAUGCAGAGUUCAGCCUGAGAGGGAACCUACAGCAGCACAAGCGGACACACACGGGUGAGAAGCCAUACAAGUGCCAUGUCUGCCACGCAGAGUUCAGCCUGAGAGGGAACCUACAGCAGCACAAGCGGACACACACGGGUGAGAAGCCAUACAAGUGCGAUUCCUGCAACGCAGAGUUCAGCCAGCGCGGGCAUCUACAGCAGCACAAGCGGACACACACGGGUGAGAAGCCAUACAAAUGUGAUGUCUGCCACGCAGAGUUCAGCCAGAGCUGGGCCCUACAGCAGCACAAGCGAACACACACGGGUGAUAAGCCAUACAAGUGCGAUUCCUGCAACGCAGAGUUUAGCCAGAGUGGGCAUCUACAACAGCACAAGCGUACACACACGGGUGAGAAGCCAUACAAGUGCGAUUCCUGCAACGCAGAGUUCAGCCUGAGAGGGAACCUACAGCAGCACAAGCGGACACACACGCGUGAGAAGCCAUACAAGUGCGAUUCCUGCAACACAGAGUUUAGCCAGAGUGGGCAUCUACAACAGCACAAGCGUACACACACGGGUGAGAAGCCAUACAAGUGCGACGUCUGCCACGCAGAGUUCAUCCAGAGCUGGGCCCUACAGCAGCACAAGCGAACACACACGGGUGAUAAGCCAUACAAGUGCGAUGUCUGCCACGCAGAGUUCAGCCUGAGAGGGAACCUACAGCGGCACAUGCGGACACACACGGGCGAGAAGCCAUACAAGUGCGAUCUCUGUCCUGCAGUGUUCAGACAGUGCGGAACCUUGUCACGUCACAAGCGGACACACACGGGUGAGCAGCCAUAAACUCUCAACCUCUGUCCUGCAGUGUUCAUCCAUAACUCAAACUUGCAGCGUGAUACAAGUGUGGUCUCUGUCCUACGGAAUAUCACAAAGAGGCGUUUUGAGGCGAGAAGCCACAGAGCCGUUUACUAGGAGAGGUUGGCCAUUGGGAGGAGCCUGUCCCAAAGCGCGCCAUUUGACGUGACACGAUGGGCGGCGCCAAGGCCAGUGGCACCAUUUUGCAUCAGAGCUAUCGCCUUGAAA